AUGGCGGGAGGACGGCGGGGUCUCGUGGCCCCUCAGAACACGUUCCUGGAGAACAUCGUGCGCCGGUCCAACGAUACGAACUUCGUGCUGGGGAACGCUCAGAUCGUGGACUGGCCCAUCGUCUACAGCAACGACGGCUUCUGCAAACUGUCCGGUUACCAUCGAGCCGAGGUCAUGCAGAAGAGCAGCACCUGCAGCUUCAUGUACGGAGAGCUGACGGACAAAGAGAUGACGGAGAAAGUUCGUCUGACCUUCGAGAACUACGAGAUGAACUCGUUUGAGAUUCUGAUGUACAAGAACAACCGGAUGCCCGUGUGGUUUUUCGUGAAGAUCGCUCCGAUCAGGAACGAGCAGGACAAAGUCGUCCUGUUUCUCUGCACCUUCAGUGACAUCACCGCCUUCAAGCAGCCAAUCGAGGACGACUCUUCAAAAGGUUGGGGUAAAUUUGCCCGCCUGACUCGAGCGUUAACCAGCAGUCGAGGAGUUCUGCAGCAGCUCGCUCCAGCUGUGCAAAAAGGAGAAAACGUCCACAAGCACUCGCGCCUGGCAGAGGUUCUCCAGCUGGGCUCGGACAUCCUGCCUCAGUACAAACAGGAAACUCCGAAAACGCCUCCGCACAUCAUCCUUCACUACUGCCUCUUCAAGACGACGUGGGACUGGGUGAUCCUCAUCCUCACCUUCUACACCGCCAUCAUGGUGCCGUACAACGUCUCCUUCAAGACCAAGCAGAACAACGUCACCUGGCUGGUGGUGGACAGCAUCGUGGACGUCAUCUUCCUCGUCGACAUCGUCCUCAACUUCCACACCACCUUCGUCGGGCCGGCGGGCGAGGUCAUCUCCGACCCCAAACUCAUCCGCAUGAACUACGUGAAGACCUGGUUCGUCAUCGACCUGCUGUCCUGUCUGCCUUACGACGUCAUCAACGCCUUCGAGAAUGUGGACGAGGGUAUCAGCAGUCUCUUCAGCUCCCUCAAAGUGGUGCGCCUCCUGCGUUUGGGUCGGGUUGCUAGGAAACUGGACCACUACAUCGAGUACGGCGCUGCUGUGCUGGUGUUACUGGUGUGUGUGUUCGGGCUGGCGGCUCACUGGUUGGCGUGUAUCUGGUACAGCAUCGGCGACUACGAGGUCAUCGACGAGGACAACAACAGCGUGCGCAUGGACAGCUGGCUGUACCUGCUGGGCGAGACGGUGGGAACGCCGUACCGCUUCAACGCCUCGGGAUCGGGCCGCUGGGAGGGCGGACCCAGCAAGGACUCGGUCUACAUCACCUCGCUGUACUUCACCAUGACCAGUCUGACCAGUAUCGGCUUCGGGAACAUCGCGCCCAACACCAACGGGGAGAAGAUCUUCGCCGUGGCCAUGAUGAUGAUCGGAUCGCUGCUUUACGCCACCAUCUUCGGUAACGUCACCACCAUCUUCCAGCAGAUGUACGCCAACACCAACCGCUACCACGAGAUGCUCAACAGCGUCCGAGACUUCCUCAAACUCUACCAGGUCCCCAAAGGCCUCAGCGAGCGGGUCAUGGACUACAUCGUGUCCACCUGGUCCAUGUCCAGAGGCAUCGACACCGACAAGGUUCUUCAGAUCUGUCCGAAGGACAUGAGAGCAGAUAUCUGCGUGCAUCUCAACAGGAAGGUGUUUAAGGAACAUCCGGCGUUCCGGCUGGCGAGCGACGGCUGCCUGCGAGCGCUCGCCAUGGAGUUCCAGACCAUCCACUGCGCUCCGGGCGACCUCAUCUACCACGCCGGGGAGAGCGUGGACAGCCUCUGCUUCGUGGUGUCGGGGUCGCUGGAGGUCAUCCAGGACGACGAGGUGGUGGCCAUCUUAGGUAAAGGAGACGUGUUUGGUGAUAUCUUCUGGAAGGAGAUGACGUUAGCUCAGUCGUGUGCUAACGUUCGAUCGGCGUUGACGUACUGCGAUCUUCACAUCAUCAAACGAGACGCGCUGCAGAAGGUUCUGGAGUUUUAUUCCGCCUUCGCGUCCACCUUCGCCCGAAACCUGGUUCUGACCUACAACCUGAGGAAGAGGAUCGUCUUCAGGAAGAUCAGCGAUGUGAAACGUGAGGAAGAGGAGAUGCUGAAGAGGAAGAACGAGGCUCCUCUGAACCUUCCUCCGGAUCACCCGGUCCGUCGGCUCUUCCAGCGUUUCCGGCAGCAGAAGGAGGCUCGGCUCACCGGCGAUCACGUCGGCGAGAUGGAGAAAGGCGUCGCCCUCAAGAGUCCGGAGGUGCUGGCGUCGACCAGCAUCGUCAUGGUGACCGAGAACGCCACGACGACUCCCACCACCUCCUUAGCUUCCACCGCGUCCUCGUCCUCCUCCAGGACCUGCAGCCGGGUGAUGCUCCACGCUCCCGCCUCGCAGAACGGGAACCUGGCGGGCUGCAAGUCUGCGGAGCCGGCCAAAGCGAAAGGUUGGGGGCGCUUCAAGGAGUCGGUGGUGAAGGCCGAGUCCUGGAGCAGCGUCUCCAAGGCCGAGUCCAUGGAGACGCUUCCCGAUAGAACUAAGUCUCACGACGAGAUGUCCCUCAAGAAGACCGACUCGUGCGACAGCGGCAUCACGAAGAGCGACCUGCGCCUGGACAACGCCGGCGACGCCAGAACGCCGCAGGAGCGAAGUCCGGUCCAGUCCGACGAGAAGAAGGUCUUCUGCCCGAUCCCGGAGCAGAGCCUGCAGGCCUCGUUCCUCGAGCUGAAGCAGGAACUCAGAGGCGACAUCGGGUCUCUGAACAGUCGCAUGGCGGCGCUGGAGACUCAGCUGGCUGAGAUGCUUCAACUUCUCAAAUCCAGGAAGUCGUCGGGAUCGUUCUUCGACAUCUCGCGGCCGCCUUCGCCCGACUCGGAUAAAGACAGCGUCGCUUAAAAC